AUGUCUGACGGGGACGUGUCUUUAAUUCGCGACGAAGACGUGUUGCGGCGCAUGUGGCAGCAGACGGAAGAUUUCUCUCGGAAAAAAGAAAUCCGCGCGCACAUGUACCGGCUGCGGGAGGAACGCCUGCGCAACCUUUACUCGCCUGAACCCAGCCUCGAAGCUGCUAAAGGUUGUGAGUUCUCGUCGACGCAGGGCCAUGUGAAAUCAUUUGCAGACCAAAAUUUCCAGUCAAUGAAGAGCAAAGAGGUCCGUGACGCAGGCUCUCCGCCUAAGGAGUUCAACUACCGCGGCCAAGAUUUGAAGGACCUAUCUAACGCUGGAUGGAAUGUUGAGUCUGAAAAUAGGACAACCGACGAUGGCCACACACGUGUGAAAUCCGUUAACGCUAACAUCGAAGGACGGUACGACGUUGAUGGAGGUAAAGGGCACUUCGUUGCUGCCGACCACCACAAACAGGCAGUUACUGAAUACAACGAUGGCAAAUCGAAUCUUAAACGCAAUGAAGAUUAUUCCAACACGUCGGCUCAUGAACAAGUAGAACGACAAACCGGGGAUGGAACACACAUCACGUCUACAAGUAGUUCGUCCACUUCUGCGUCAAAGUUUGAACAAAGUACAUCGACUUAUGAAUCAGUACCAUAUCAAGUAUAUGAUAAUUAUGACUCACAUCCUCAAACAUUCUAUGAUAACAAUAGAAAUGAAGAGUUCACAAGGAAUGAAACGGCCAACACAAGUAACGACAAUCAAACAUUAAGAAAUGACUACGAACAUGGAGAACUGUUGUCGAGAAAAAUUGAUUAUCCCGAUGACAACACUAAAGUCAUAGUAGAAACGAGGUGUCUUCCUGAUGGUACUAAAGUUACAAGUACUCGACGGGAAUUCCGUGUGCCAAGUGCUCAGACAAGACGCUCUGAACAACACUCAGAACAAAUAAAAAGUGAAAGCAAAUCGACUUCGUAUACAUCUUCCCAAAAGAAAACUCAAUCAAAUGAAUCAUCCACAAAAGUAAUACAGGAUAAGUCAUAUAAAACCAAUGUGCAAGACAUAGUCGACUCUCAAAGAAACAAAGAUGACUUGGAUUUUAAAAAUAGUGAUAUAACUGAUUACGCUGAUAGUAGUACGCACGGUAUUCGUAACGAAAAAGUCACAGAAACUGCAAAAAAUGAAGAACAAAGUGAAUUCAUGAAAUUUUAUGAUAGUAAAAUUGUUCGUAACGAUGCUGUUCUGGAGAAGACUGUUUAUGACCGCAAAGAGUACGUAAACAAAGACACGUAUCAAAAAGACAAUAACAAAACUCAUGAACGUAAACGGGAUGACUAUUAUACUGCAGAUGAUAACAUAAAUAUUUUUAAUAAAGAUGUACAGAAGCAAGAGGAUGUUCAAUUUAUCCACAAAGAUUCAACUCUAGAAGAUCCUUCAAAAUCUGCUUAUAAAAAUGAACACCGCAGACCUAACGAAACAUCUGCUGAUAGUAGGAUGAAUCAUAAUAAAAACCAAGAAGAUUCCCAGAUACUUAAAACCUCUGGAGAAUAUGUACACAAAAUAUCAAAAGACUGCAACGUCAGAGAGAAUACAGAAACAAGGUCCACUCAUCAGUAUCAAACAACAUAUCAAACUGAUUAUAGCCAUCGUAAAAUAAGUACUGAUUUAAGCCCAACUCAUCAGGCAUGGGCCAGUACACUUCGAUCAGAUACCCCACCACGCUCCACAACUAGGGCUCCUUCACCCGGAAACAAAACAUUUAAGUCUAGUACAUCUUCACUAAGAAGCAGUGUAAGCCCUGAUAAAAUAUAUAAAAAAUCAUCAAGCCGCAGUGUAAGUCCUAAUAAAAUUGGUAGGUUUUCCCCAACAAAGACUCCAACUGAUCAAACCUUUUCUAGUACUCAGUUGUCUUCUUCUGUUACGGAAACUAAGUCAAAUGAUACCACUGAUAUUAUUGAAAAACACAUUUCAAAAAAUAAAUCACCAACACGUCAACUACAUAGCCCUGAAAGAAAAUCAAACAGUGAUGAAGAAAAAAGACCAAGCAUAACUCCAGAUAAACAAACAAGAACACCACGAUAUUCGUCAAAUACGCGGUCUAGUACUAGCCCAAAACGAAACAGCGCAUUUCAACCUGGUGGUAGUCGUGAUCAACCUGGUGGUAGUCGUGAAUCGCCCAGUAAUAUAAUUCCAACUAGAAGAAUUCUAAGUCCUGAAAGACAUAAUCAAACUUCUCCAACGAUAAAAAUUGAUUCAAAACAUGAGGUUAUAGAUAGACAAGAUACAUGCACAACAUCGACAUCAGAAUAUUCUGAAAAGUAUGUUAGAGAUGAAAAAAUCAAAGGUGUUAAAACUGAUAUUACUGAACAGGCAGAUAAUCAGCCAAAUUAUAUGAAACCGACAGAAUCUAGCUCACCUAAAAGUUCAUCGCCUUCAAAGCAACCACUUAGUGAUCGAAAAUCACCCAUAAAGCAAUUGCCUUCUCAAAGCCCGGACAGGCAGCUGUACAAUUUAAAGAUGGAGCACGAACGCUUUAUUAAGGAAGAAAAUAAAAUAAAUACCAGCUUUAGUGAAAACAGUCAUCAAAGUCCACGUGCUUCCCCUGAUCGUGAUAGUAAAAGACGCGUUCAGCCUAUAGAUGAUUAUGAUAAAAUAUUGAGAACUUCGAUAAGUCCCACAAAAGACUUGGUGCAAACAGAAGUUAACAAUACACAAACAGGAAAUUCAGGAAAAUCACAUCAACAUUUUAAUACAAGUGUAAGCCCAAAACACGAUAUUGUAAAUCGGCAUGAAGGAAAAGAAAAAAAUAUUGGGCCUAACAAGCAACCUUCUAGGGAAUCAUCACCUAUUAAAAGACAUGAGAGCCCUGUGAGGAUAAUUUCCAAAUCGAACAAAGAAAUACCUGGAUAUAUGCAAGAACCUCGUGUUAAAGACAACGAAAAUAAAAAUCGAUCACCUAGCCCUAGUGCUAAGGAUACGUCGAUAUCUUCGAACUUAAUUCAAAAAAAUGAUAAAUUUAAACAAGUGGUAAAAACUACUGAUAGAAAUGACAAGGUAUUUAAUAGUUUUGACAAAAAUAUUCAGGGUAAAUCAACAACUCCAUCAAAAGACUCUCCUCGUCGAAGCAGUUCUCCAAAAAAACAUACAUCGGAUACUAAGAAUAAGCAAACACACGACUUCAUUGAAACGGAAGUAUUCAAUGAAGAAAUUAAUAAAAUAACUGCAAUAAAAUCUCGGACUCUUCACACACCAUCAACAAGCCCAUCAAGAAAAUCAAAAUCAGUUGAGACUGCUCCUUCUACAGGAAAAAGCUCACCUACAACUAAUAGCGGUUUCAUACAUUCGACAACAGAGAUAGAAUCUUCGGCAACUAUUUCAAAAGAAUCCAUUAAAAUAGCAACAAAUGAUUCGAAUAAAAAAGAACACGAAAGACCUCCAUCUCCUACUAAAAUUCCAUGUAGAUCUCCUUCUCCAGAGAAAGUUAUCAACAAGGAAAAUCUUCCCCGUAAGAGUUCCUUGAAAAAGCCUUCUUUUGAUAAUGGUAAUGUAACAUCACUGCCAAAACCACCAACAAGUUUCCUAAUUUCUCCAGAGAAUGAAAAAACUAAUGAUUAUGAAAAAAAAGAAGUGCCAAAAGACAAGCCAAAUACAAAUUCUGAUAAACCUAUGAAGAUUAAGCCACCCCUUGUAAGACGCGAAACAUACGAAGAAAGGUGCAGAAAGAUAUUAGGUAUGUCAGAUGACAACCUAACUACAGAAACAAAUAUAACACCUGCCAAAUCUGGAGACACUAUUACACCUAAAACAUCACCUAGCAUUUCACCUUGUGAAAGUCCUGUUCAUAUAGAAGAAAAAGGUUUUUGCGAUGAUAACUAUGGGUUAGUUAAUAUUGUUGACUUAACUACUAAAACAUCCGUCCCAAUGCCGCUUAAAACACAAACUCAGAAAAAUGAUAUACAAAUAUCUAGUGAAUCAAGUUGGCAAAAAACACCCGUAGAAUCUGUGAUCGAUCACUGUCAAACAUUAGUAAAUAUGCCAUAUAAACAAAUAAUCGCAUCGAAUGAAACUACCUUACUUCAGGAUACAAUGCCAAACAAAAACCCACCACAAAAUUAUAUUUUACCCUUCUCUAAACCUCAAGAAUCUAAAACCCUUACAGAUAAUGAUUCUGAAAAUGGACUUAGUUUUAUUGAAACAAAAUAUGAUAAAGUGCAUGAUAGCACUCACUUAAAGUCUAAUAAUGUUUCAGAAGAAGUUAAACUAAAAGAAACUAUUUCUGAAUGUAUCACUCCACAGCAAGAACAAGAUAUACUAGACCGAGUUCAAUCCUCUCUACGAAAACUAUCUCCUGAUCGCAAGGGGAAGCCAGUGGAAGACAAUAAUUAUAAGAAAAAUAAUUCAAAGUUGCCAAUACUUCAUGAUAAAACUACAAAAGAUGAAUCUAUAAAUCAAGAUUCCAAAGAAAUUAAUAAUACUGCAAUCGUAUAUUCUGAAGAUAAAAUAAGUGAGAAAAAAAAGUUGGUUACCGAAAAGUUUGUUACGAGUAAAAACCAGAUUCCAAGCAAGCCUUCGUCAAGAAAUACUUCACCUAUAAAAAAACCACUGAGUCCACAGAAUUUGACAAAAACUACCACAGAAACUGUAAAGCCCAGGAGUACUUCUCCAAAGAAACCAGUGUCACCAGUAGAGAAGAAACCAGUUUCACCAAUAGAAAGGCCUCAAUCACCGCAAGUUUCUAAAACAACAAUUACGAAUACUAAAGAUCAACAUCAAAGAACAUCUUCGUCAUCAACACUUAAAACUGAAAGGACGGACUUAAAAAAGACAACUAAAUCACAGAGUACAAGGAGAACAUCACCAACUAAAUUUAAUGCAACUAAGACUGCUGCAGUUAACAAUAAUAAAUCACAAGACAAUGAGAAUAAAUCACCGCAAAAGUUAAAUCAUUCCCCAACGUUAAAAAAAGAAAUAGAUUCAAAAGUAAUACGAACUUCCAGUGACAUCAGUAUGAAGUCACCUUUAAAGAAAGUGUCACCGCAAAGAAUGAAAUCAAAACCUGAAAUUCAACUUAAUAACGUAGCCACAAACAAGAUAUAUAAGCAGAAUACACAUACAAUUGGUACCAAAACACAAAAAUCAUUAAUCAAGCAAGUACCCACUAAAUUGCCUGUCAGCAAACCUAAAUCAGCAACCGCUUUGAAUACUUCAAUGGAUGAUGAUGACGAUGUUAUCAUUGACGUGCAACAAGCGAAAUCGUCUAGGGAAAACUCUCCUGAUCGUAUCUGUCCCACGCCUGUCGGCUCUUCUGAAGAUACUGGUACUCCACGUUUUCCAGAUGAGGUAAAUGAACCCGAUGAUGAAAUAAAUAAACGUUCACAUAACAUUAUUCAUGAAGCCGAAUCAAUUGUUGAUGAUAUAGUCGAAAUAUGUGAAGAAGACGAAUUAUUUGUUAGGUCUGAAGAAAGCGAAAUGCAAAAAGUUGAGCAAAAGUCGCUUGUUACUGACAAAUCAACAAAAUUAAAUACUGUACAAUCUAAAGAAAUCGAUUCUAUUAUUUGUAACAAAAAUAAAGUUCAUCGUGAUUUGAUCAAAGGAAAUUUAAUAUCAGACGAAUGCUUACUUUCUGUAUCAGAAAAAGUAAACAGAUUUGCUAAAGGAUCCGUUAUAUCUAAAGAUAGAAGUCCGUCUCGCAAUAUAAAAGAAGAAUAUGAUAGAGAUACCAUUUAUACUGAUGAUUACACUAAAUUAAGUGUUAAUGAUAAAGCCCACCUUUUCAUUGAAACCGCUGAAAAUGUAAAAACAACGAAACCCAAGUCAAUACAAAAACCAGUGCGGCCAGAUUUUUCAAAUGUAGACGAUUCUUUAAAAAGCGAUGAAUGUCUCUUAAGUGUUUCUGACAAAGUUAAUAAGUUUGUUAAAACAGCCGUGGAUGUGUCUACAGACGCAAACGCAAUUGAAGAAAAAGAAAAAAAAAUUCAGGAAGUACAUGAUAAUAUUAUGAAACAAAUUGUUAAUGAUGUUGAAGAAAAUUUACCUGAAACAGAAAACAUUUCGGUGCCAUCUAAACAUUAUAAAUCCAUAGCUGGAGACAAUGAAAAAACACGGACAGUUAGAACAUCUGACGAUAACAAUACAAAAUCGACAACGGGCUCAAAUAAAUUAAAACCUGAUAUAAAACAAUCUGAAAAACUUGGAUCAGUAAAAAUAACAACUUUGCGAAGCAGCGAAGCUGUUAAGAAGGCCAAAGCCUUGUUUGAAAAUAUUGCGUCGACUACAAAACUUAAAGAAAGAACAGUUCACAAUAGAACAACAAAAUUAACCGAUAUAGGCGUCUCACAGAAAAUUCAAACAACUAAAACAACGCAACUAACUCAAGAUCCAAGACCAACAAUUCAACAAACAGAUUAUGACGAAGAAAACACUGAAUUGAUUUCACGCAAUCGGCAAAAAUCACCUGAUAAAAACCAGUUACCAAGCUAUGACAUAAAAAAAGAUAAUCUGCCUAUAAACAGAGCCACAUCACCUCAACGAAGAGAUAAAACGCCUAGUAUCCGGCCAAAUUCGCCUCACAAAUACGAUAAGACAUCAAUCGCGAGAGAAAGAUCGCCAUUGCCUAAAUCGCCUAGAGAUAAAUCACCAAUAGUACGAACAAAAUCACCCAUACUAAGAGAAGUAUCACCCAUAAGUAAUAUAAGGUCACCUAUAGCCCAAACAGCAACUAUAGUGCCAAAAAAAGUCUUGUCACGCCUUCCCGUAACUGAACAAGUCAAUUCGACGACAAAGCAAUUUGCCCUGGAAAACAAACAAGAAAAAUCUUUUGACAAUCUUCCUGGCUACCAACGGCCAACAAAGACGAGUCAAAUGAAAGAAGAGAAAUAUGUAGAGGAAAUCGAGGUGAGCAGUAGACGGGGAAGUGGAAAAUUUGGUGUGGAACUACGCAGGACCAGUGCGGAUAGGUCUUCUGUCAGUAGUGAACGACGACGCAGCAGCGUGGAACAUCAUCAACCCUGUAUUGAGGAUAUAUUCGAUUUGGACCUUCUAGAACAAAUGUUGGAAAAAGUAGUGGGGUAUGAACAAAGGCGACGCAUACGAGCUCAAAUACGUGUCGCAAAGAAAAAGAUUGAAACAGAGGAAACUACAAAAGUUAUAAGAAACUUAAGACAAUCAAUAACCAAAGUUAUCAAAACUAAAUCACCUGAACGACUAGCACAACGUUCUCCAGAAAGAUUGCCAAUUUCAAAGAAAGCUUACUCACCUGAAGCGCAAAAUAGAAGUGCCCCUAAUAGAACAUCUUCUCCAGAACGCCAACACAAACAUAUCCACAAGUCAGGUUCACCUGAUUGUCAACAGUUGACAGCAGGUAUUAAUAAUGAACAGGAAAAACCACAAUUGCCAUUAAGUAACGGCCACGAUAGACAAGUCAACAAAACUAGCAAAGUUGUUAGAGCUCAAAGUCCAGAAAAGCAAAUACGACCUGCCCCAAAGACUGUACGUCAAUCUAGUUCAGAUAAAAGAAGGCCUGUGUCACCUAGUAAAUUGUCUCCGAAAACAAAAGGGAAUCGUUUUAGCGAAUACGCCUCGGCGUAUAUGAAAAAAGUGGGUAUUUCUGAAACCGACAAGUUAAAACACAAGGUGCAGGAUAUGAAUGAAUCUGAAACAAAGAAAAUGGAAACCAAUCGUAUUAUAGACAUUCAUAAUGUAAAAACAACGAUAGAUCGCACGUCAUCCAAGGAUAUUAUCGAAGUCCAAAUCGAGGGCAAGAAGUCUCCAUCACCUAAUCGUUCUGUCGAUCGUAAGAUUCCUAUGCAACAGCCACGUUCAGAAAGUUCAGAAAGGGAGACAACAUUUGAAACGCCCUUGGAACCAUCGCUACAGAACUCUGGACGACAACCUAGUCCGAAUCGGUCACCCAGUCCGGAAACAAGACAAACUAUGAAAAAAGAUAUAAAAUCAACAACAUUGGGUAUCGAAAAAAAAAUAGCGCAGAAGCAGGUACAUGAGGAGAAACCAUCUUGGGUGACCAGAAGAAAUCUGAAAAAGGUUACUACCGAGUCGCGUACGUUCAGCAGUAAGAAGAUAGAAACAGACAAACCUAAGUACCGGCCUAGUAGUCCUUCGAAGGCGAUCACAAAACCCAUCGACGUUAUUACUUCCAGCUACGGCCCAGGUCCUCUAGAUGCCGAUGGCAAACCUCUCUUCGGAAUCAAAGCACUGAGGAACGGUGCUACCAACUAUCAAGUGAAAGGAACGGUCAUUCGUCAAGAGUUCCAUUCGCGCAACGGCAGUGAACCUGAAGGUACGGUCUCCGUGACCGCCUACUCUACGGAGCCUGGGGAUUUGGAAAAGCUGCUGCAGACCCAGGGAGAGAAACCCUCCCGACUACAUGGCCUUGCUGCCAUCACGACGACAAAGAAAUUUGGCGGUGGCACUGGGACCACAUUGGGUGAAGUGGCAACUAAAGAGGAGCGUGCAGCUCUAGAGCAGUUCACUCACUGCGACAGACGUAUCACAGAGUGCCAGAUAGACACACAUACGGACUCUCUUCAAAGGACAGAUCAGAGAGAGAAAAUAGAAAUAAUCUCGAACAAGAUUGAUACCAACAAGACGCAGAGUCAAAAACGGACCCAUCAAUUGGUUCAGUCUAGUCUUAAAAAGGACACAAAAAGGGAUUCCGAUCAAAAAGAAACUCACUCCGACAGAAUGCAGAGGGCGGAGAGACGAGUCGAGGAUAGGAAGACGGUCCGCCAGAGUUCUGUCAAGUCGCUCACCGAGAAGUUUAUCAAAAACGCAAGUGAGACGACAAAGACCGAGCGCCAGGUGUACCCCAAGGCGGGCCUGAUUUUGCGCACAGCCGGUAUGAAGGACAGCGUCUCCAGUGAUUCUUCUGCUCACGCUGGUCUAGCUCGUACAGACAGCGAACAUAGCUUGGCUUCUCUGGAGGACAUGAUGACCACAACGACCACGACCACGGAGCAGCUCGGGGAUGUGCUCAGGACGACCACAACCGUCACUAAAACCGGUGGACACACACAGGAGCGGUCUUUUCUGGACAGCUCUACUAAAGUCACCGGGGUUCAAGAUAUUCUUACCAGAAUGAAGAAUGCUGAUAUUGUGAUAGAGGAAGGUGACAGCAACGAGGACAGCGAAGCCCGAGCGCUUCUCAACAAGUUCUUGGGCGCCACCGUACUGAUGGCUGGCAUGCAGAACUACGUUACCGAGAGUGGCCCCGCUAAGCAGGAGAGAUCAAAGAGCGGCGUCGAUAAAUUCGGAGGUCGACAAAGAGACGUCGACAUAGAGCAGUGUUGGGACGAGAGGGUACUACGGAAACUACUCGACGAGUGCACUGACUACGAACUAAGACGACGACUGCGCACGCGCAUUCGUGCUCUCAUGGCGGAACAGGAAGCAUGCGCGAGUGCAGUGACCGAAGCUUUGGCCGCAGCCGGCGAGACCGUGGAAUCGGCCGAGACGGAAGAGCAUCAGCAAGCUGGAGAACGCGGUGAGUCUCUACUUCUGCCUCUACUCCAGGGUCUGCUUCAAGGCGGCGGAGAAAAGCUACUCGCGGGACUCGGCGCGGCCUCGCACGACGUCGUAGCAGACGUGCGGCGUUCUCUGCAGCGGCUGAGGCUGGCUCUCGCACCGCCCGCGGAUCACCCGCAAGCGAGAGCCCUUCUCGCCCUUGCCGACAGACUGGAGGACGCCCUCGACGUAGCCGAUAGACUCGACGGAUGCAAAAGGAAGCCGCGCCGCCGUAGCCGAACCGCUAGACAUACAGUUGGCGUCACUAGAGAGGAACUUGAGGAAGCACGGCGUAUGGUGGACAGAGACACGCUUUUACCUGACGUAAAAGCGGUUACGCCGAACGUCCCUUCAAAUACAUCUAGUGUCGAGUCUUGCACGCCGGAAAGGAAGCAAAGCGUCGAUGAAGAUGUUAGCUACUUCGAGCCCGUUGAAACAAAACAGAAACUCCCGACCAUGGCUCAUAACGUCAGCUAUGAAUCGGGCCCGAAACUGAAUAGAGAUGCUCAAAUUGUAGAACGACGCUUUUCCGCACCGCGAAAGGCAGAUUUCUUUAGACAUUCAAUUGCAGACAGUAUCGCAUCGGAAACACCCCGAAUUGCUGCAGAACGCUGGAAAUUAGAAUCUAAAGGUGGGAUUGCGGCUUUAGCCAACAAAUUUGAUGUUCAAAUUGAAAAAGAAAAUCUCUUACUGACCAAACGAACGCCCACUAGUAAACCUCAAAUCACGUUACAGCACAAAGCUGUUGAAGAAGCAAGGCGUUCGACUUAUCGUCCGCCUCCACCUACCUAUAACUUUGCAGCUCCGCAGUCGGAUGACCUAUCUAAACCACUCAACAGGUCUAGUAAUGCUGCCAAACGUCUACGAAUGAAACGUGCAAACACUAUUGAUAUCGGUCGGCCUUUGGGGGGAUAUAAAUUCGAUAGUGCAACCCAUAACGAUACAAAUGUCAGUCACGCGCCCCCAGUUCCAGAAUUUCAACCAGAAACAGAAAACGACAAAAAGUUUUUAGCUUUUAUGCAGAAGAACGAAGAAAACUUAACAAACCAUGGGAUAGGACAGGCUAAUUGGAGUAGUCGGUUUGGAAAUAUUAAAAAUGCUUUUGAAACUCGCGAGAAAGAAGAACACAGUAGAUCAUCGAGUGCUUCGACUUCAGCUAAACGUUUUUGGCAAGUGGCAGACUCCACGAACAACACCAUGAUUCGCCCAAGGAAGUUUUUGACCUCGAAUGAAGCCGUUCCUGAUAUCGUGAAGCCACCGUGGGUGUCUCAACGACGAGAGUCACUGAAGUCACAUAUCCUACCAAUAGCCAAGCAAGUACCACAACAAACAGUUCAACCUCCUUGUUUACUCUCGCCAACAAAACCCUCUAAUGUAAAACCUUUUGUUGCUAAACCCUUACCGGUUAAUCAAUUCUCUCACGCACCAAUGUCAGCAUUUAAGCCCCCGCAAAAAGUAUUGUCUCCGACUAGGACUCCGCCAAAUAUAUGGAGUCCCCCAUCCUGUAGUAUACCUAUUUCUCCUUCUGCUGAAAAUCCACUAAAAUAUCCUUCCUGCACUCCACCUUCUUAUAAUUCUCCGACUUUAGCAGGCAGCGCGUAUUUGUCUUCCGAUGCUGAAAAACAAAGACAAUUAACUGGCAUAACAACAAUGUAUGAAAAUAAUAAAUUUAACCAUGUGUCAAAUCUUAAAAGUUAUGAAUACCCGGCCACGCCUCCGACUCACGCGCAACAUAACCGUAACUAUCCAAUUAAAGCGAUUCCGAGUCAAAAUAGCUUAACGGCCCCAGAACUAGUAAAAAAAAUUAACAGCAACAAUGGCCAUCACUCUUCUGAUGAUCAUUCCCCUAAAAUUGACGCACAACAACUACAGAUUGAAUUCUAUGAAAGACAAAUUCUGGAAAAGAGUAAACGAGAUGCAUCUUGCGAGCGCCGUGACAUUACGAUGCAUAAACCUCCCGUUCUCUCUGCAAUACCGCCGACCACUCCGUACACGAUAGUAGACUACACACCGCUUAAUUCGGCUUCAUUUGUACCACUGCAACAAACCCCUGACAUAGAAAAAGCUAAAGCUCACAAAGUAGAUUACCUACCAGACGUUGUCAUUAACGAAAAUAAUUCUACUAACUACUUAACUUCACCGAUAACUAACGUCACUCCCAUCAGCCCAACGAAGCUCAAGCAGCAGACAUGCCACCACAACGGUGAUGGAAGGAUUAACGGCGAGGAUACUGCGACAGAGCAUGAAAGCGUAGUAACUAAGGUAAUGCGAGGCCCGGUUCGCGGCUCUGCUACGAUAACAACUGGCGUCAGAACGCGUGGAGCCGCUGAUAAUUUACGUGGAGUUCUCGAUAAACUCUCCUCUCCUAAACAUGAAGUUAUAUCGCAAAUAGAAAGGAAGAAGCGAGAAAAUUCCCAUAACCAGGUACGACUUGCGGCCCCGCCUCUUCCCGUACUAUCUCCCUCGCACGCAAACUCUCCGACCCGACCGCACGCAUUCGAAGGGUAUGGCUCCCGCAGUCCAGCACUUGCUGCAUCUAGAGAAUCUAUGCUCUCCAGUGAGUCUCCUGCCAGUCGGGGCUCCAGUCCCGGGUCAGCGCUUACACGAUCUGGAUCAUGGCAUAGAUUAUCGGAAUACAAUCUCAAAACGACGUCACCCAGAAAAGUGGUAGCGCGAACGAAAUCCAUGCAUUUAUUAGCUGUGCCUAAACUUUACGAAGGAGGCAUAUCCCAAGACGAGUUUUUAGACAAGAAGCGAACGGUAGAGGCGUACUUUUCGGGUCAUACAUCGCCGAGUCGAGGUCAGCAGGCGAAGACUACGCGCACGCCCUCAGCGCAGUUCGCUUUGGGUCGAAGCCGGACCAUGCCCGCCGUGUCCGAGCUGCAGUUCCUGGACGAGAGCAACGCGGACGACGCCUUCGAAGACCUCGUGUCGGGGCUAGCCUAG